AUGUUACCGUUAUUUGUAUCAAGACAUAACUCAUCUGGUGUUGGUGGCUCUUCUAACCCAUCUUCUCAGACUCCUAUACAAUCUAGUCCAAAUUCGCAAUAUUCAGAUUUUGCCAACCCUCGUGGAUUAGAUGCUAUCGACUUUAAUGAUGAUGAUAUUGAAGAUCAGAGGCAAGAUAGUAGAAUUUUGCACCGACAUGACAAGGGGGUAGUUGCAUGUAAGAAACGAUGGUAUAAGAUCAAUAAGGUUGUUGCACAAUUUGCUGGUUACUACGAUCAAGCUAGUCGAAACAUAAGGAGUGGUUCGAACGCUGAUGAUAUAAAGGAGUUAGCUUAUAAACUUUAUUCCACAAAUUAUGGUCAAAAGUUCACUUUUGAGAGGCAUUGGAACAUGCUUCGGUUGGAGCAAAAAUGGAGAAGCCAACUACCUACACAGAGUGACGGCUCAAAGAGAACCAAGGUUAGUGCAACUGGAGCAUACUCAUCCUCAUCAAAUGCAGAAAUACCGUUAGCUGACGAACCCGGUGUGGACUCUCCCGUUCGCCUACAAGGAUCAAAGAAGAGCAAGCGAAGAGAUAUUAAGAAUGUUAGAGAAAAGGAACUAAUGGAAAGGGAAAAAGAAAGAGAAGAGGAUAAGGAACAUAGAGCAAAGAUGAUGGCAAUCAAAGAGAAGGAGUUACAAAUUCAAGCGGCAAUGAAAGAACAAGAAUUACAAACUCAGAGGUAUAUUAAAGAAAUGGAGAUAAAAGCAAAAGAAAGAGAAAUGGAUAUGCAAAUACUUAAUGCUGACACGUCUACAAUGAGUGAGAAACGACGAGCUCUUCAUGAUAUUGCAUGUGAGAAAAUAAUGGCCAAGUGGUUUACUUAA